AUGUUGACUUAAAUUAUAUUUCCAUUCCUCAUUCUGUAAUAAUAUGCACUGUUUUCAUUUUAGGGGAUGACAUUCAAAGUGAUGGUUUUAGUUUGGAAACCUGUCGAAAUGUAAUUAGUCUAUUCGAUAAGGAUGGAUCUGGAAAAAUUGGACUAGUGGAAUUCAAAACAUUUUGGAACAAAUUACAGAAGUUUCUGAAAAUCUUCAAGAAGACGGAUGUUGAUUGCUCUGGUACCAUGAGUUCACAUGAAAUGAGAAUGGCACUUGAAGAAGCAGGUUUCACUCUGAAUAAUACAUUGACUCAGAUCCUUGUUGCCCGUUAUGCAAGUACUGACCUUCUCAUUGACUUUGAUAACUUUGUUGGCUCUUUGAUCCGUCUGGAAACCAUGUUCAGAAUAUUUAAGCAAUUAGAGAUGGAUGAUGAGGGAUAUGCUGAACUGGAUCUAUUUCAGUGGUUGCACUUGGUACUAAACUAAAGUUCAGCUGCAAGAACUCAGACUUCAGCCAAUCAAAAGGCACUUGCCACAGACAUGUCUAAACUAUAAUGGAAAAAUGGGAAAUGCUUAGUUUGAUGGGCAUCAUGAACGUGUGUGGAAUGAGGGAAUACGUGUGUUUGCUUUUUUUUAAUACAUUGCCAUUGUGUGCUUUAUUCAACAUUUUGGGUGGCAAUGAAUUAACCAAUCAGAACUCAUGCUCAUGAAGGACAUUUUAAUCUUUGUAUAACGCAAUUUUUGGAUGGCGGAGAAUGUGUUUUUCAUUACAAUUAUUGAUCUGUUCCAUUUAUCUGCUAAAACCUAAAUCAUUUAAACUUCAAAUUGCUUCUUUUAAAAAUGGAUUUGUAGAUGCAGACAUGAGGUUAAAGCUGAGAUCUGCAGCUGAGGAGAAUCGGGAUUAAAAUUUUGGGGACAUCAUGUUUUAAAUGCAAAUGUAAUAUUCAAACUAGUGAACAUGCAACAGAUGUCUGACUGCUGUCCUUUGUCAUUAAUUAGGUACUGAAAGAAUGGCACUUAUAAUUGCUAUCGUUUAUCUUAAAAUUAUAAUGGUAUGGAUAUUAGUGGUUUUUGUAGAGUUGUAUGCUUAAUAUAAUCAGAAAUAUCAAAUUACUUUUGACAAAAACUGUAUCUGGAAAUUAAAUACGAGUACAUGGGCAACUGCCUUUUUGUGGAAGCUCUCAA